GCAAUCAAACGGCUCGUAAUUUUUCAAUUCAAACUUGAAUCUGAUCAAAACCCUACACUUCCUCUGUCUGCUCGUCUCUUUCUUUCUCUCUUUCUUUACUCUUUCGCUCUCUGUCUGUGCAAUUCUGGGUAGUAAUCUUCUGAUUUUAGAGGCCAUGGAUGAUCUAAAAGUGGAACUGCUACUGGGAAACUGCCAUCACACUGUUCCUAAUUGCGAUUCAAAGCCUACUUUAUCUUCUUUCUCAGAAGAAGUGGAAGAAACCGCAAAUUCUAUGAGUGAGGAUAUUGCAUUGAGCAGAAACAAAGAGACUUCACCUCAGGGGCCCACACUGCCAAUAUUGAAGAAAAUUAUCAGUUUGAGCUAUCAAAUUCAGAAUUUGAAGAAAGAACAUGCAAUUCUCUCCCAUCAAGUGAAGAAUGGCAAUACAGAUGCAUUUCCUGGCCCCGAAGUCUUAGAAACUCUUCAUCUUCUCAACAAUGCAUAUGAACUUUUAAAGAAGAAGUACCGAGAAGAGUCAUCUGAGCGCAGGCGACUUUACAAUGAAGUGAUUGAGCUGAAAGGCAAUAUUAGGGUCUUUUGCAGAUGUAGACCACUAAACCAAGCUGAAAUUGCCAAUGGUUCUAAUUAUGUGGUUGAAUUUGACCCUUCCCUAGAUAAUGAGCUGCAUAUUAUUUCCUCUGAUUCUUCCAAAAAGCAAUUCAAGUUUGACCAUGUGUUUAAGCCUGAAGAUAAUCAAGAGGCUGUUUUUGCACAAACUAAACCCAUAGUGACAUCUGUGCUGGAUGGCUAUAAUGUAUGCAUAUUUGCCUAUGGGCAAACUGGAACAGGGAAGACAUUUACAAUGGAGGGGACCCCUGAAAGUAGGGGAGUGAACUAUAGAACUCUGGAGGAGUUGUUUCGCAUUUCUCAAGAGAGAAGUGGAAUUAUGAGAUAUGAGCUAUUUGUUAGCAUGUUGGAGGUUUACAAUGAGAAGAUAAGGGACCUGUUAGUGGAAAACUCCAACCAGCCCCCUAAAAAGUUGGAGAUAAAGCAAGCAGCAGAAGGGACACAAGAAGUUCCAGGACUUGUUGAAGCUCGAGUUUAUGGCACAGAGGAAGUAUGGGAGCUACUCAAGUCUGGAAGCCAAGCCAGAUCAGUUGGUUCUACCAGUGCUAAUGAGCUCAGCAGCCGUUCUCACUGUUUAUUGCGAGUAACUGUAAAAGGGGAGAGUUUAAUAGAUGGGCAAAAGACAAGGAGUCAUCUCUGGCUGGUUGAUUUGGCUGGUAGUGAGCGUGUGGGGAAGAUAGAAGUUGAAGGAGAGAGGUUGAAGGAAUCUCAAUUUAUAAAUAAAUCUCUCUCAGCACUUGGUGAUGUUGUCUCUGCCCUUGCAUCAAAAACAGGCCACAUUCCUUACAGGAACUCAAAGCUCACUCAUAUGUUGCAGAGCUCUCUUGGAGGAGAUUGCAAGACGUUGAUGUUUGUCCAGAUAAGCCCAAGUGCUGCUGACCUUGGGGAGUCUCUGUGUUCAUUGAAUUUUGCCGCUCGAGUUCGGGGAAUUGAAAGUGGCCCUGCUCGCAAGCAGGCAGAUUUCACUGAGCUUUUCAAGUAUAAGCAAAUGGCAGAAAAGCUACAACAUGAUGAGAAGGAAACAAAGAAGUUGCAGGAGAAUUUGCAGUCCUUGCAGUUGAAGAUUGCUGCCAGGGAACAUAAGUGCAGAGGCCUUCAAGAAAAGGUCCGAGAACUUGAGAAUCAGUUAGUAGAGGAAAGGAAGACCAGACUAAAGCAGGAAACGAGAGCACUUGCUGCUUCUUCACAGUCUUCAUUGCCCUCCCCAAAACAAGGAGAGAAGACCAAGGUAGAGAGGAAACCGCCUUUGGGUCCUUCAAAACUGAGGCUACCACUGCGAAGAAUCACCAAUUUCAUACCUCCUCCAUCUCCUCUCCAUACAAUGAAAAUCAAAACUACUGCUUCCAUGGUCCAAUCUUCAAUGCAGGACAAAGAAAAUAUUGCUAGAACUUCAAUGACAGGAAGGGAAACAAAAAGCCUUCUACAACCAAGACGUAUUUCUAUGGCUGCCAGACCAACUACUGCAACAUCAGCUCAGGUUCGUCAGCCUAAGAGACGAGUAUCUAUUGCCACUUUCCACCCAGAGCCCAACUCAAACUUGACAACCCCACUCCACACUUCUGCCUCAAGAUUAAAGAACAAGGGUGCCGUGGGCCGGCAGUCAUUUGUGAAGGACCCAAGAAAGGCCAGAUAUUCAAGAUUGUUCUCUCCAUUGCCAGAAUUCCGGUCAGCAUCAGAGACAACACCAACUGUCAUGAGGAGCAGUAGUAAAUUCAUGGGGAGUCCUCCAACUCAAGCAGGCUCUUGGAAGCCAAGGCAUCCAACAGUAGUUGCAUUGCAAAAAAAAUCAUUGGUGUGGAGUCCCCUCAAGUCGAGAGGAGUGAAAUACAGGAAGUCAUUGUUGCCUUCUCGACCCUCAACUGAGAUGCAAUGAAGCUUGUUUUCAUGAUAGUGACCAUUUUUCCUUGGGGUAUUACUGCACGAAUGUAUACUUUUUUUGCUUACUAAUUAAUCUGUCAAUUCUCAGUGACAUUAUUCCCCAUUUCUGUUGCAUAUCCCAUGACUUUUUUAACCUUUUAGCCUCCUUUGUGAUAAUAUCCUGCGUUUUGCAUUAUCUUGGUAGAAUGAAAACUAAAAAUAAAGCUUUUGGUUAGUUCUUAA